GGGCCUUAUGGUAAAUAAGCGUGUUAGAGAGGCAGAUGAGAACUCUGGUAUAUCGUGUGUUAAUUUGUCGCCUACCAGGAAAAGGAUUCGAGUAGCAGGAAAGAGUGCUCCAGAAAAGAGCCCUAGUGAUGAUGGAAACUCUCCACCCCAUCAGGAAGGACAACCUGACAAAUCUGUAAAUAACAAGCCUGAUAAGAGUGGCCCAGAAACAAGAAAAUCCCUGAGGCGUGUUGAUGUUAGUAAGGGUUUGCUGGAUGCAAAUCCUCCAUCCCAUCAGGAAGGAGAACCUGAUAAAUCUGCAUUUAAGGACUCUGAAAAGAAAGCAUGUGGGACUGACAGGAGAACUUAACAGGAAAGCUGCUAAAGAGGUAAAAAGGGGUCGGGGAAGACCCAGGAAAACAACCAGAAAUCUGAAGAAAAGCGUUCAAGAGGUACAAGAGGUAAAAAGGGGUCGGGGAAGACCCAGGAAAACAACCAGAAAUCUGAAGAAAAGCGUUCAAGAGGUAAAAAGGGGUCGGGGAAGACCCAGGAAAACAACCAGAAAUCUGAAGAAAAGCGUUCAAGAGGUACAAGAGGUAAAAAGGGGUCGGGGAAGACCCAGGAAAACAACCAGAAAUCUGAAGAAAAGCGUUCAAGAGGUACAAGAGGUAAA